AUGUUCCCGACUUUCCAGCUUCGUGACGGGAACGAAAUACCUAUCAUGGGGUUUGGAACAUACGAGAUGGACGGCAGACAAGCCUAUGAUGCUGUGAGGUAUGCCUUAGAGAUCGGGUAUCGCCACAUCGACUCUGCCGAGUGGUAUGGCAACGAACGCGAAUGUGGUCAAGCUAUCCUCGACUUCUGUGCCGCUUCUGGGGUGCCGCGCUCGUCGAUCUUUUUCACGACAAAAUUGCGCACGAAUUCCGGGUACGUGGCGGCGAAAAAAGCAAUUGAUCGCUCCAUUCAGACAUGCGGCUUGGGAUACGUCGACCUGUACCUUGUACACUCACCUAUUGGAGGACCGCAAAUGCGCGCAGAAAGUUGGAAGGCGACACUGGAGGCAAAGAAGGAGGGCAGAUUGCGCAGCGUCGGCGUCAGCAACUAUGGGGUGCGGCAUCUGCAGGAAAUGAUAAAGUCCGGAGCAGAGCUUCCUGCAAUAAAUCAGGUUGACCUUCAUCCAUUCAUGACCCGUACAGACAUAGUGGCGCUAUGCCGACAGCACGGCAUUGCCCUUGAGGCCUGGGCACCUCUCGUCCGUGGUUAUCGCUUCAAUCACGCCUCAAUCAAGAGCCUUGCGCACAAGUACCACAAAGAGCCCGCACAUAUUCUAUUGCGAUAUUCACUGCAGAAGGGGUACAUCCCGCUGCCCAAAUCUUCCUCUAAACAGCGUAUCAAGUCUAAUCUGGACGUCUACGACUUAGAGUUGAGCUCCGAGGAGAUUGCACACUUGGAUAGUCUAGAUGAAGAGCUUGUGACCGAUUGGGAUCCAACAAAGUGCCCAUGAGCGGGUUUUCAAGCGCUAGUAUGUAUCAACACAGCCUCGCGCUGCUUUUAGCCCCUUGGGGACAGGGGAGAGCAGAUAUUUCACUUUGCUGGUUUUGAGCUAGAUAACGCCGAAUAUCGAUGCGACCCUUU